UCUGUGUGUCGGACUCUCCAGGAGAACUCCUCAUUUACUGCCGCCUUGGGAUCUAGCAAUGUAUUCGCAAGGGCUACACAGCUUGGUGCUGCUUCUGCUGGUGUCUUCCCUGUUUGUCCGGCUGCCUGCUCUUCCACAAAGUUUCUCCCUGUCCCUGCGAAGUGGCUUGGGAAGCACCUCAUCCUGUCGACUCUCUCAGUCUGAGUCAGAGCGCAGGUGUCGGAGCCCAGGUGGCAAGCUGUGCAGCGGCAGAGGCCAGUGCGACUGUGGGGUCUGCAUCUGCCAGGUGACCGAGCCAGGAAAAUACUAUGGGCCGCUAUGCGAAUGUCACGAGUGGGUGUGUGAAACCUACGACGGAGACACUUGUGCAGGCCAUGGAAAAUGUGACUGUGGAAAGUGCAAGUGCGAAGAAGGCUGGUUCGGUGAUGCUUGCCAGUACCCAGUGACCUGCAACCUCACCCGGAAGAAAAGUAAUGAAAUGUGCAAGAAUUCUCAAGAUAUCAUCUGUUCAAAUGCAGGAACAUGCCAUUGUGGCAGAUGUAAAUGUGACAAUUUAGAAGGCAAUGGAUUGAUUCAUGGUAAAUACUGUGAGUGUGAUGACAGGGAAUGCAUAGAUGAAGAAACAGGGGAGAUGUGUACAGGCCAUGGCAAGUGUUACUGUGGAAACUGUUACUGUGAGGCUGGUUGGCAUGGCGAUAAAUGUGAGCUCCAGUGUGACAUCACCCCAUGGGAGAUCAAGAAGAAGUGCACCUCUCCAGAUGGCAAAAUCUGCAGCAACAGAGGCACCUGUGUAUGCGGUGAAUGCACAUGUCAUGACGUGGAUCCAACUGGUGACUGGGGAGAUAUUCAUGGAGACACUUGUGAGUGCGAUGAACGAAAUUGCAAGGCACUCUAUGACAGAUAUUCCGAUGAUUUCUGUUCAGGUCAUGGACAGUGUAACUGUGGAACAUGUGCCUGUAAAGCAGGAUGGACGGGAAAGAAGUGUGAACAUCCACUCUCUUGCCCUAUGACAGCAGAAGAGAGUGCUAGAAAAUGCCAAGGAAGCGCACCGUUACCUUGCUCCGGAAGAGGGAAAUGUGAAUGUGGCCAGUGCACUUGCUUCCCUCCUGGAGAGUCCAAGAUAUAUGGCAAAAUUUGUGAAUGUGAUGAUCGACAGUGUGAAGACUUAGAUGGCACCAUCUGCAGUGGUCAUGGGAGCUGUUCCUGUGGCCGAUGCAUUUGUAAGGAUGGGUGGUUUGGAAAAGUAUGUCAACACCCAAGGAAGUGCAACCUGACAGAAAAUGAGAGCAGAAGUUUGUGUGAAUCAGCAGAUGGCAUAUUGUGCUCAGAAAAGGGUUCGUGUCAUUGUGGAAAGUGCAUCUGCUUGCCCCAGGAAUGGUAUAUGACGGGGGAGUUCUGUGAAUGCGAUGACAGAGACUGCGACAAACAUGAUGGCCUUAUUUGUACAGGAAAUGGUAUAUGCAGCUGUGGAAACUGUGAGUGCUGGGAUGGUUGGACUGGAAAUGCUUGUGAAAUCUGGCUUGGGACAGAAUACCCCUAA